CGGGUGAACAGGCUGUGUGAAGGUAAAUUUGGGAAUCUGUCGAGCUGAUCUGUGGUGUAGUGGAGAAACUGUCGACUGGUGCUUUAUUUUACAGAAAUACAGAGAGAGAGAACUAAUUUGCUUAAGUAGACAUGGAGAGCGAUUCUGAAACACACAGUGGUGAAGAUACUACUCCAGAUGACUGGAUGGAUUUGGCUGUAGACAGUCCUGCUGACAGUCCCGCUGCUACACAGAAACCAUCAGAAAAGGAGGAUUUCAAACUGUCCCUGAUCACCUGGAAUGUGGAUGGGCUUGAUUUGGAAAAACGUCCAGAGCGUUCCAUAGGCCUGGUUAAAUAUUUAAACUUAUACAACCCUGAUGUGGUGUUCCUGCAGGAGCUCGUUCCCCCUUAUGUCCAGUUUUUGAAGGAACAGCUCGUCAACUACCUGAUGAUUGAAGGUGGUCGGAAAGGUUACUUCACAGGGAUGUUGCUGAAAAAGUCACGAGUCACAUUGGUGGAGAGUGAGAUAGUAGCUUAUCGCACCACUAAGAUGAUGAGGAACCUGCUUGUCGCUCAGGUGAUCGUCAAUGGUCAGAAGCUGUGCCUGAUGACAUCCCACCUUGAGAGCUGUAAGGAAAAUACUGCAGAGCGUCUGAAUCAGCUGCAUGUGGUGAAGCGGAGGUUUAAAUGUGCACCUGAUGAUGUCACCGUUGUGUUUGGGGGAGACACAAACCUGAGAGAUGCGGAGGUACCCAAGGUGGGCCUGCCUGCAACUGUCUGUGAUGUGUGGGAGCGACUGGGCAAGCAGGAGCACUGCCGCUACACAUGGGACACCACUACUAACACCAACAAGAAAGCUUCCUUUCCUGUUCGCUUCCGCUUUGACAGAAUCUACCUCCGCCCAGCUGUCAGACAUGGAGUCCCUCAUCUGGCCCCUGAUCACAUGGCCUUGGUGGGGCUGGAGAAGCUGGACUGUGGCCGCUACACUAGUGAUCACUGGGGAAUCUACUGCACCUUCUCAGCUGAAUAGAACUACACAAAACAACCAGAAACAUGACAGUUAAUCAUUUUACUUUAGAUCAGCUGCUCUUUAAAUCACAGUAACGCUAUGCAGGAAGAUGUUCCUCACCUUAAUUUAAUCAGUUUUAUCCUCUAAUGUGUGUCUGCUUAAGUGUUUUAUGUGGUUGAAAUGACAAAUUAAAAUAUGAAAAGCACCAAUAAAUUACAAUGUCUGUUU